CCUUAUCAGUAAUUAACUCCUACUAUCAACGUUGAGUGUGAAAUUAAAAAUAAACAUAUAUUAUUAUUAAAUAUCGUAUGACGCAUAUAUUUAUUGUUAUGACGGUGUAGAUUUAUUCAAAUAGCCGAAAAUCACGAAAUAAACGCUUAUUGAUAUAAUUCAGAAAUAUAUACUGUAUGUCUACAUUUGAUGUACGGCGUAGGUUUUUUUGAAAACGAUCAAAUAGCCGAAAAUCAAGAAAUAAACCUAUAUUAUUUAAUAUGAGAAAUAUCUACAACACGUGAAUGUGAAACGGACACUAUAUAGGCUCCGCAAGAGUCGGCAUUCAAUCAGUCUGUCGUCAAGUGUACACACGUACGAUUCUCCUCCGUCUUUAUUAUAUUUGUUAAGUGUUUACAAUUUUUCCAAGUCUUUAUUAUUUUUAUAAUAAACAAUUUUUAAAAACAUGGCUGGUUCAAUUGAAGACAACGCUGCAUUAUACAAGAAGAAGACCUUUACGUAUGUACCACCAUCACCACCGGCUGAACUCAUCGAAACCACAAGCUACACGAUCAACUUUACAGCACGCAAAUUCAUACUUGUCGGUGUCGAUCCUACUGAUAAUUUUCAAGUCACCGUUCAUUUAUUAACACCAUCGCGUCAUGUUAAAAUAUCGCCGGAUUUCCUGAGACGCAUAUUCUCUAUGAUGGGGCAUAUCUUAUCAUUUAUAUUAGAUACGGUCCAGUACAAGCGCAUCAUAUUUCUUGAGACGGAAUUUCAUAAAAUAUCCAGUAUGGUGUAUGGCGGAGAAAAUGUGCUAGUAAUAGAGUCAAAAACUCAGGACGGGUGCAGAGUACUGUUAAAUCGGGAGGACUUGAUUAAGCUUCAAUAUCUUGAAUGUAGUAUUUUCGAAAGUAUUGUACGGAAAGAAAUAAACACUGCUCCAUUAAUUACAAGGCAGUUUGACGAUUUUGCGAUGUAUCUACAUGAGAAAUCUGCUCACCUUAAAUCACCACCGAAAAAUUUAGAAGAGAUGUUAAUAUUCAUUAAAAACGUACAAGACGAUCGAACGGAGAAAAUUUACCCAAACAUGAUCGGUCAAAUACAAAUGUAUGCAACCGUACAACUAGCUGAAACUGUGUUACAACAGUUGACGCAUGAGUUACAGAAUGGUCAAAUGGAUACACCAACGUCGCCAAGCUAUUCGCCGGUCAGCAAUAUAUUCAGCAUACACGACGAUUCAUCUGCACGUGAUGGAUUUAAUCAGCCUAAGGAUGAUAUUUUAGCUAAGGUAAUUUAUAUAAACAUAGCACUAGAUCAUAUUUAUGGACCUGCACGGACACCAGCCGAGAUUCGCAACCCGCAGGCAUACGAGGUAAACGAUGGGCCUGAUUUUUUCUACCAAUUCAGGACGAUAUCACCACCGCAACCUUACCCAACUUUCACCGAACAUCCAGUGCCAUCACACAAACGAUCUCAGUCAACCUUCGCCAAGCAUCCGACGCCACAAUAUGCAGAUGUUGAAGCUGGGAACGCUUCGUCUGCUUCUAGUUCAAUCCUGAGGUCGACGGUUGAUGUUUUCACGUUAUCGUUCUGUCUGCUCAUGUCAACAACUAUAAUUGGAGACAGAUUUUUGAAAUCUUCUCGAUUCAACAGAGGUUUCACAUCUUCAUGUCCGUAG